AUGGCGGAGCGUGCUUCUCACGGACUGGCUCCUCGAUUAGAUAUUCAGCAGUUACAUCGUGAAGCCCAGCAUCGGUGGUUACGUCCUGCAGAAAUAUUGGAAAUUCUUAGUAAUUUUAAGUUGUUUCAAAUCACGCCAGAACCGCCUAAUAGGCCACCGAGUGGAUCACUUUUUCUUUUUGAUCGGAAGGUUUUGAGAUAUUUCAGAAAGGAUGGACACAACUGGAGAAAGAAGAAAGAUGGAAAAACUGUGAGGGAAGCUCACGAAAAGUUGAAGGUGGGAAGUGUUGAUGUGUUACACUGCUACUAUGCCCAUGGAGAAGAGAAUGAAAAUUUUCAGAGGCGAAGCUAUUGGAUGCUUGAAACGGAUAUGAUGCAUAUAGUAUUUGUCCACUACUUGGAUGUUAAGAUUAACAAGACAAAUAUUGGUGCAAGUACAGAUACUAAUGGGGUUACAUCAGAUUCCUACAAGGGCAUAUCUGUGUCAUCUGGAUUUCCUGCAAAUUCUGUUAACAUGCCUUCAGGAAGUGCGGAUUCCAUGAGCCCAACAAGCACAUUAACUUCUUUAUGUGAAGAAGCAGAUUCAGAGGAUAUUCAUAAAGCAAGCCCGAGAUUUCACACCUUUCAUGAGUCGCAAAAUCUGGGGAAUGGUCCACUGAUGGGUAAGAUUGAUGCUCAUUCAAAUAAUUCAUAUCUUACACAUCCCUUUUCAGGACCUAAUUUCCUCCCACUUGUUCAAGGGGGUAAAUCCAAUCCCAGUGAUACUACAUACAUCGAGGGUCAGGGAGCACUCAACAUAGUAUCCUGGGACAAUGACAUGGAGAAAUCUGCAGGAUUGUAUGUUGAUCCUUCCCCUGUAUCGUCUAAUUCUAUUCCAUCAAGUUCAAUCAGCAACUUCCUUGAACAAGAACACGCUGUCUUUACUGAAGGAAGGGCCUCACAGUCUCUCCAAUCAAAUUGGCUGAUUCCUUUUGAAGACAAUACAGGAGAAUUUCCUAAAUGGAGCUUUACUCAAUCGUUGACUUCGGAAUUUGAAUCUGAUUAUUCCGCUGAACUACUGGGAAAAGAAACUAAUAAUGCAAGUCCAGAAAUUGGUUUGGACCCAUUUUAUUUUAAUUAUGAACCAAAAGAGCAGCCUGUGCAGCAAAACAUGUCAAAUGAGCAUGCACAAUCUCAGGAUGCACUGAAAUCUGAUUUUGAAACUCAUGGCGAACCCAAUGUCAACAAUGCAUUGAACAUGAAACGUGUUUUUAUGGAUGCAGAAGAAAGCCUGAGUAAGGUUGAUAGCUUCUCUAGGUGGAUGUCUACAGCAUUUGCAUCGGUGGAUGAUCUGCACAUGCAGUCUUCCCUUGGUAUUCCAUGGGGCACAGAUGAAUGUGGGAAUAUGAUAGAUGAUACCUCAUUGAACCUUUCCCUAUCUCAAGACCAGCUCUUUAGCAUACAUGAUUUUUCACCUAAAUGGGCUUAUGCUGAAUCAGAAAUUCAGGUGUUUAUUAUUGGAACAUUUUUGAAGAGUAAACCAAAUGUGGAAACAUGUAACUGGUCCUGUAUGUUUGGGGAAGUUGAAGUUCCAGCUACCGUUUUAGCUAAUGGAAUUCUAUGCUGUCAAGCUCCACCUCUUGAGAUUGGACUGGUCCCUUUCUACGUAACUUUUUCCAAUAGAUUUGCUUGUAGUGAAGUUCGGGAAUUUGAGUUCAGAGAGGACUCCAAUAGAAAUGUAGAUUUAACAGAAUUUUUUAACAGCUCUACUGAAAUGACGCUUCAUUUGCAACUGGAAGAGUUACUUACUUUGAAUUUAGUACAUCUUCCAGAUCAAGUUUUUGAGGAUGAUAUGGAGAAACGAAACUUGAUUCUUAAGCUUAUUUCACUGAAAGAGGAAGAGGAACAUUUGAGUAAUGAAGAGCCAACUGGAGAGAUGGAUAUAUCAAAAUACAUGUUGAAGAUGCAUACGUUUCACAGGCAGGUUAAGGAAAAGUUGUACUCAUGGCUUCUUCACAAAGUAACUGAAACUGGUAAAGGACCUCAUGUGAUUGGUAAAGAUGGGCAAGGUGUAUUACAUUUAGUUGCUGCUCUUGGUUAUGAUUGGGCCAUAUCACCAAUUGUAACUUCUGGAGUUAAUAUCAACUUCCGUGACGUGAAUGGAUGGACUGCUCUACACUGGGCUGCAUCAUGUGCCAGGGAACGAACAGUUGGUCUCCUUGUCUCCAUGGGUGCAGCUGCUGGAGCCUUGACAGAUCCAUGUCCAGCAUUCCCUUCAGGAAGAACACCUGCAGAUCUUGCUUCUAGCUGUGGCCACAAAGGAAUUUCAGGUUUUCUUGCCGAGUCAUUAUUAACUAGUCACCUUGAAUCACUCAGAGUGGCUGAUGCAAAUGAAGAUGGUACAAAAGAAAAAGUCGUACAGACGAUUUCAGAACGAAGUGCGACACGUGUGCUCUUGGAAGAUACACCAGAUGUUAUCUGCCUUAAGGAUUCUCUUGAUGCUGUCCGCAAUGCUACACAAGCUGCUGAUAGAAUACAUCAAGUAUAUAGAAUGCAAUCAUUUCAAAGAAAGCAGUUAGCUCAGUAUGACGAUGAUGAUGAGUUUGGAUUGUCAGAUCAGCAGGCUCUUUCUCUUUUAGCUUCUAAGGCUUGCAAAUCCACUCAUGGGAAAGGUUCAGCAAAUGCUGCUGCAGUACAAAUACAGAAAAAGUUUCGUGGCUGGACAAAGAGAAAAGAAUUCUUGUUCAUUCGUGAAAGAGUUGUUAAAAUCCAGGCCCACGUAAGAGGUCACCAGGUAAGAAAGAAGUUUAAAUCAAUCAUUUGGUCUGUGGGAAUCCUGGAGAAGGUUGUAUUACGGUGGAGGCGUAAGGGCAGUGGUUUACGUGGAUUUCGACCAUAUGCCGUAAAUAAUGUCCCCAACCAACCAAACAACGAUCUUGUGAAGGAGGAUGAUUAUGAUUUUUUCAAGGAAGGGAGGAAACAGAGUGAAGAAAGGUUCCAAAAGGCUCUUUCAAGGGUUCAGUCCAUGGUUCAGUAUCCAGAAGCUCGUGCUCAGUACAGACGACUGCUAAAUGUAGUAGAUGAUUUCCGUCACAAGCAGCCAUGUAAUUUGGGUUUGAAGAAUUCAGAAGAAGCCGUUAAUGGUGUGGAGGAUUUGAUUGAUAUUGACAUGCUUUUAGAUGAUGCUAAUUAUUUACCCAUAGAAUUGGAUUGA